AUUUUGGCAACAAAUCUGUAAACUAAACAGAUCUUUUUGUCGUGCUCGUUUUAAAAAUCCAGUGAUUGUUAGUGGAUGAUGCAUGUAUCAAAUUAAAGGACGAAUCAACGUUUGGAUUUCAGUAAGAGCAGUGGUAGCCAUCAAUAUUUACAAAACUCGAAUGCGAAACCUUCUAGAAUCGGUGAUAUUGAGCACCUUUACCAACUUUCGGAGCACCUUUCUGCAUUGUGCUUGAAUCAGGAGUAUUCAGACAUCGUUCUGGUGGUCGAAGGGCAAAAAUUAAAUGCUCACAAGUAUGAGCAGUGGUAGCCAUCAAUAUUUACAAAACUCGAAUGCGAAACCUUCUAGAAUCGGUGAUAUUGAGCACCUUUCCCAACUUUCGGAGCACCUUUCUGCAUUGUGCUUGAAUCAGGAGUAUUCAGACAUCGUUCUGGUGGUCGAAGGGCAAAAAUUAAAUGCCCACAAGGUCAUCCUAGCAGCUAGAAGCGACUACUUUAGAGCUCUUUUAUACGGGGGCCUGCGAGAAUCAACUCAAGAUGAAAUCGUUCUGCCCGACGCGCCUCUGCGGGCAUUCAAAGUUUUACUCAAAUACAUAUACACAGGCUACAUGUUCUUAACUACAUUGAAAGAAGAUGUUAUUUUGGACACCCUCGGCUUAGCGCAUCAGUACGGAUUUCAAGAAUUAGAAACAGCAAUAUCUGAGAUUCUGAAACAGUUACUGGCACUGAGAAACGUUUGUGCUAUAUUGGAUACAGCCCAUUUGUACGGGCUUGAAAAUUUAGUCAAAGUAUGUCAUAACUUUUUGGAUAGAAAUGCAGCUGACAUUUUGGCACACGAGUCUUUCUUACAACUUUCACAGGCAUCACUGGUUGAACUGCUGCAGAGAGAUUCGUUUUUCGCACCCGAAGUCGACAUUUUCAGAGGAGUAUGCAACUGGUGCAAAGUAAAUGAAGAUAAGGAUGACCUAGUCAUGAAAUGCGUUAGAUUACCCUUGAUGAGUGUGGCAGACAUUCUGUCUGUGGUGAGACCUGCAAGACUAGUAAACCCUGACACGUUGCUCGAUGCUAUUGCAGAAAGAACGAAUAUUAGAUUGAGUAAGCUGCCACACCGUGGACAACUGCUAAUUGAUGAAAAUGUGGCUUCACCGAAGCUUGGAUCAAAAGUAAUAUCUGGGGAACUCAUGGAAUAUUUGCUGGAUGGGGACUACUUUACAUACGAUAUGGAAAAAGGGUAUACUAGGCAUGCUAUAAGUGGUCCAGGUGAUCAUGGAAUCAUCGUCAAAUUGGGCACCCCAUCCAUAAUCAACCAUAUCAGAAUGUUGCUAUGGGAUAGAGAUAUAAGAUCGUAUUCAUAUUACAUUGAGGUUUCUAUGGAGCAAAAAGAUUGGGUGAGAGUGGUAGAUUACACCCAGUAUAAUUGUAGGUCUUGGCAGUACCUGUAUUUUGAGAACAGGGUUGUACAGUAUGUAAGGAUUGUUGGAACCCACAACACUGUAAAUAAGGUAUUCCAUCUUGUAUCAUUUGAUGCCAUGUGCAAACUAAAAAUUCCUAGAAUGGUAAAUAAUGUGAUUUGUCCUACCUAUAAUGUUGCAACUUUAGACAGGAGCGCCGUCGUUAUAGAAGGCGUGAGUCGCGCUAGAAAUGCUCUAUUGAAUGGAGAUACAAAACGUUAUGAUUGGGAUUCUGGAUAUACGUGUCAUCAAUUAGGUUCAGGUUCGAUCCUGAUACAACUAGGUCAGCCUUACAUAAUCAGCAGUUUGCGCUUGUUGCUCUGGGAUUGUGAUGAUAGGAGUUACAGCUACUACAUAGAAUCGUCGACGAAUGUCUGGGAAUGGGAAAUGGUGGUAGACAAAACGAGGGAAAAUUGCAAGUCAUGGCAAGUGAUCAGAUUCGCGCCUAGGCCCGUUGUUUUCAUCAGGAUUGUCGGGACGCACAAUACUGCUAAUGAGGUGUUCCACUGUGUACAUUUCGAGUGUCCGUCGAUGGAAGACGACAAAGAUCAACCUCUGACGCCAGUGGGAACGUCAAAAUCGGCAAAAAGAAGCAGGGACGUGCCUGUAUUGGUACCUGAGGUUUCAUCUAAUCAACAACCUACAGAAACAGCUACUGAAGCUGAAGAGGACAACCAUGUAGAAAACAUUGACACUGUCGAUGACUAAAUGGACCUAAAUGUGCAUAUCUGAUAUUACACAGAAAAUUAUAUUGAAUUGAUAUGGAUAUGGAUCUUGUGCGUAUUUCUCUGAAACGAGUUUAUUUUCGCAGGUUGGCACUGAAGGUAUCCAAGUUCAUUUAGGUCAACAUUUAUAGUCGACUUUUGGGGGGCAAGUGCAGAUGUUGAACGAAUAAUUAAUAUUUACAGUUCUCACCAUGGGCUUUCUGCUUUUUUCAAAAUUUUAAAAACUCAAUUCAAAAAAUCUUGGAAACUGGGUACUUUGAAAAAAAAAUAUAAUUCUAAAUUUUCUUUAACGAUUUUAAUAUUGUCACGAUCAAAUUAUCAGUGUUUUCAAAAUUUUCAGAAUUUUCAAAAUUGGAAGUUUGUAAAUUUUUGGAAAUCAGAAAAUUUUGAAAACAUUGAAUAAUUGCCAAUUUUUGAAAUUAUCAGUCUUCAAAGCCUUCAUUUCACAUGAUUUUCAAAGUUUCCCAAAUUUGAACGAUUUUUAUAUUGUUAGGAGCCUCAAAAUUUGCAAAAUUUUCUCAGCAUCAAAAAUGUUCAUGAUUUUAAAAAUUUACGAAUUAUUUAAUGUUUUCAAAAUUUACGAAUUAUUCAAUGUUUUUCAAAAUUGGAAGUUUGAAAAUUAUGAGAAUUUUUGAAACUCCGAAAUGUUUGAAUAAUUUUCAGUUUUUAAAAUGUUCAGUCUCCAAAUCCUCAGUUUAAAAGAUUUACAAGGUUUUUAAAAUUUUAACGACUAUUGAAUACCAUGAAAUUUUUCAAGUUUUGGGGAUUCUGAAGAUCAUGAACAUUGCAAAAAUCGUUAAAACUUUGAAGAUUUUGAAAAUUGGUUUUGAAAUACAUGCAAAUUUUUGAAAUUAAAAUUUUGGUAACAUUGAAUAAUUUGAAUAUUUUGUGAAUUUUCAAAAUUGAAAAUCCCAGAAUUUUGAAAACUGAUCAGUUGAGAAUUACAAAAACUUUGAAAAUCAUGAAUGCGUUGAAAAAUUUUGAAGAUCUUGACAGUAAAUUGAAGGUUUUGCAGACUGAAAAUUUUGAUAUCUACUGAAAGUUUUGAGAAUUUUGAAAAUUAAGUAAAUUCUGGGGAUGCUAAAAAUCUGGUGUAAUUAAAAAAAGAAAAUUUUUUGGAAAUUUUUCAAAAUUGCAAGCUCGCAAAAAAAGUUUCACUUUGCCUUACUGUGUAAUAUUGGAUGUGUUGUGCAUAUCAGUGAUUGUUCAGAUUCCUAUCGAUAUUUCUCAUAAUUCGAAGUAGAAAUCUUUGUUUUUGUUGAUUUUGGAGGAUAUAUCAAAUGUAUAUGAACAGAAUUGUAAUCAAAGCAAUAAAUGUGUGAUACAAUGUAUCUGGUCACACUUUAUCCUAUAUUAAACUUGUUUGGUUGUUGAAAAA